AUGGGGCUCAGGUCCUCCCGCAGCCUCAGCGAGUAUCACGACAUCCUCCACCGGGACAAAUAUGCCAUCCUCUACUUCUGCAAUUCCCUUCACCAAUGCGCCUCCCUCGAUCUCACCUACAACGACAUGGCGUCCGCUCGCUUCUGUAAGCCUGUGCCACAGCAGUUGGAGUACAUGGUGUCGCAGGCCCUAUGUGAGAUGACCAAGAUAUCGAUGGUCCCGUAUACGGAGAGGGAGGACCAUGGGAAUCUGAUGUACUGUAUCCCGGCGCACAAAUAG